UACUGUGUGAGCUGUGAUUGGUCACAGCUUGUCACAUGGUACAAGGCUGUUGUGAAUAGCCUUGUACCAUGUGACCUCUGUGAUCAUUCACAGAUCUCACACGUAGUAAGCAAUGAUAUCAGAAGUGACAUCUUGCUUACUACUCUGCAUGUGAUCACUGAUUGUCCAAUCAGUGAUCACACUCGUGGCCUCAGCUGUCAAUCACCGGGUCCUGGCCGGUAAUUUCUCCCAGGCACCCGGUGAUUGCCGUGUGUCUCCGGAAGGGGAGAGACCUGUGUAUAAACACCACAGAUCUCUCCCGUCAGCUCCUGCACACUGCUUUGUA